AUGGAUAUCCUGGAAGCCUUCAUCAAUUCUCCGGACGAGACCUUUGAGUUGGAUCCGCUGCCAAAUGAUUGGCCGCCUGUUCAGCCGACCCCGAAAACCGGAUCAUUGAAGUUGAACUUGACGCGCAUUUUGGCUGAGCAACGUGAUAAAGAGGAUGGGGAACGCGUUUCGGACGAUGAAUCACUUGUGCCCUCUUCGUUUGCUGGUGACAGUCCAAGUUCAGUUGGCGGGGAAAACAAUAAUGAGGUUGUGUCGUACGACGACGAGCAGGAAGAUAGGGACUUCAUUCGCGAUGAGCUUGACGACCGAGCGUGCGAAGAGGAUGUGGAAACCGGUUCGAAUCGGCUAGGCGCUUCUACUGAAAAGAACUGCAUUUGGGAUUUCGACUUGAUGAUGGAUAGAAAGAAAGAGGAACGGGCUCGAAAGCGCAAGCACAAAAGGGACACAUGCGAUUUGAUCAACGAUAGCGACGGACAAGUACACCAUUUGGUUCAAGCAAUGAAACAAGCUGCUGAGGCUGAUUGCAUGUCAAACACCAGGAAGUACCCGGCUUUUCAGAAACUCAAGCUGCUGCCAGUUGUCAAGGACUUUUUAUUGAAGGUGCAUAUGAUGGAGGUACUCGUGGAUAAUGGCUUCAUGACGGCGCUUGCUGAGUGGUUGAAGCCUCUACCCGAUCAAAGUCUUCCGUCGUUGGGUAUUCGAACAACAAUUUUGAAACUGCUGGAGCCAUUCAGAUUGGAACAGGAUACCAUUCGUUACUCGAAGUUGGGCAAAGCGGUGAGGUUUCUUGCAAAGCACCCAGCUGAGACGCGUGAGAAUAAGAUGCUGGCACAGAAACUCAUUCAAGACUGGUCACGGCAGAUUUUCAAGCUUCCCGCCGAGUUUGGUGCAAUGACUAGGGAGGAACGACGACGCCUCGACUACGAUCAUUCGGCCAUAAAGAGGAAGCGACGUAGAUCAAUGGAUUCGGAUGAUUCGCCUGGCUCUUCGAAGAUGUCUCAACGCAGCGGUUUCGGCACUCAACUUAGCACUUCGAAAGGCUACCAGCGUGCUAGUGUGCCAAAGAUCAGCAAUACUGAUUACGUCUUUCGGCCAAAGGCAAAUGAUGACGGGGAUUCGGAUUCAGAGGAUGAUGAUCGCGCUGUGGCGGCAAGAAAGGGUACAAAGAGCGCUUUGGUGGGAGGAAGAGGAAUGAGACGAACGACAAAAUAU